AUGCCGCUUGCGAACCAGCUCGAUGCGUUCUAUACAGCCUACUCGAAUUACAUCAUCAUCAACUACAGCAGCUUCCUAAUCAGCUUCGUGUCAGGCGGCGUGAUCGAUAUGCUCUUUCCCGUCAAAUCACGGACUCCCUACGUACCCCAGGCCAUCGGCACCGAUGCCUUCAAAUAUCUUGGGCUUCAUUGUGCAUCAGGGUCACUCAGCUGGGACUUUAAGUCAGCGGUGAAGGCAGCGCUUAAGACUGGUCAGCCUGUCAGUGUUGAGUUGAAGCUGUGCGCCAAGCCGUACAUGGGUUUCGAAAGGUUCUCGUUGCAUUGGACGCCUUUGAAGGAUGAGGUUGGGGCGGUGGCGUGGGUUGUGCUGACUCUUGGCAACGACCAGAGGCUUUGA